CAUUUCACAGGUUUUCCUUGUAUUGAGGAAACCUAUUUAGAUUUCUCGGACUAUAAAAACAAUGAGUGUUCAAAAUGCGUACCUUCUUCAUUCUGGCUAUUGCUGCGUUCGCUGUGUGCACAGCUAAGUACACGGAAAUCUUGCAGGAUGAAACGAAGCUUAGGGCGGCACUAGACUGUGUUUUAGACAGAACGCCUUGUGAUCCUCAACAACAGGAGUUGAAAGACAAAUUCCCUAGAAUAAUCUCAACCGCCUGCAGCACUUGCACACCAGAGCAAAAAACCAGGUACGAAGCGGCGAAGAAGAUUAUUAAGGAUAAAUAUCCAUCAGACUUUGAAUUGUUGAAAGCUAAAUAUGCGCCCAAACCUUAAAUAUUAUCAAA